CCUUUCUCCGUUUCGGUUUCGAUUUUUCCUCCUCCGUACUCUAUAGACUACCUCGCUCGCAAAAUUCUUCCGCACUUUCUUUCCGUUAAGCGACGAGAUAUGCGCUUUAUAGUUCACGUGGACAUUAAUUGUUGCUGUGAAUUACAAAAGUGAACCAAACUGAUAUAUGAUGGGUGCAACCACGUGUUGGAUGAUGAUGAUGGCAUUUCUCGGCGCUUUGAAAGGAGUGAAUGGCCAAGAUCGAUAUUACUGGUAUCAGCAGGCAAAGAGUCAGCUACUCAAAAAUCUGGACGACGACCGAAACUAUAAUGUGGCCAAGAAUUUGAUUCUCUUCAUCGGUGACGGUAUGGGAAUGACCACUGUGACUACCGCUCGUAUCCUAAGGGGACAAAGGAGAGGGCAGAGUGGAGAAGAGAACGAACUGGCCUUCGACAAAUUCGAAUACGUAGCGCUUGCAAAGACGUAUAAUACUGACAGCCAAGUGGGCGAUUCCGGAGCUUGUGCAACUGCUCUUCUUUGUGGAGUUAAAGGUCGAUUCGAAACAGUAGGACUGGAUGACAGCGCACGUUAUGAUGAAUGUCAAAGUAGUUUCAAGUCCAGAAUUCCAUGUUUGGCGGAUUGGGCGCAAGCCGAAGGUAAAUCGACAGGUCUUGUAACUACCACAAGAGUAACUCAUGCUACUCCUGCUGCAAUAUACGGCCACUCAGCCAGUCGCUAUUGGGAGAACGAUGCGAAAAUGGCGGAUGCCGAUCUCACGCAGUGCAAAGAUAUCGCUAGACAGUUAGUGGAAGAUGAUCCUGGCCGAAAUAUUAAUGUGAUCCUUGGUGGCGGGAGAGGAAACUUUUUGCCAGGGAAAAAGACGGAUUCCAAAAUGAGAAUGGAAAUGGGUCGGAGACAGGACAAUAAGAAUCUCAUAGAAGACUGGAUGAAAGAUAAAAAGAACAGGAACUUGGCUUACAAAUACGUUACCAGAAAACAAGAUUUCGACCUCGUCGAUCCAAAUAAGACAGAUUAUCUCUUGGGUCUAUUCAAUUAUGGACACAUGGCUUAUGAGGUGGAUAGGGAUUCUGGUCCAGAAGGUGAACCGUCGCUUGCAGAGAUGACACGAAAAGCUAUUUCGAUACUGAAGAAGAAUCCUCUUGGUUACUUCCUUAUGGUCGAAGGAGGUCGUAUCGAUCACUCUCAUCACUUCAAUAAUGCACAUCGAGCUCUGGCUGACACCCUUGCUCUGGAGGACGCUGUCGUCACUGCUUUGGAAAUGACUCGACCAGAAGACACUCUUUUAGUAGUCACUUCUGACCACUCUCACGUAUUUGCAUUUGGAGGAACUCCAAAGCGCGGAAAUCCGAUAUUAGGCUUAGAUAACAAAGAUUCAGAUGUAGACAAUAUGCCUUACACAACUUUGCUAUACGCAAAUGGGCCUGGAUACAAUAGAAAUUUCCCCACUGGUCGAGAGAACCUCACAGGAACUGAUACAGAAGAUAAAAAUUACGUGCAGCAGAGUGCUGUUCCACGCCGAUGGGAUACACAUGGAGGGGAAGACGUACCUGUGUAUGCUCAUGGACCAAUGGCCCAUCUCUUCAGAGGAGUUCUGGAACAAACUUAUGUCCCACACGCUAUGGCUUAUGCUGCCUGCAUAGGUCAUCACAGGAAUGAUUGCGAAAGAAGACGCAGACAGGACUUCCACCGGCAUGUUAUUGAUUGUCCUUCAGCUCACGUCGACUCAUCACCAAAUAUACGUGAACACAUCAUUGUCCUGCUGUGGCUUCUGCUCUUUGGGCUCCUGGUGAGACGAUGAGAAACAGGAAACAGUUGGAUGUCCCUUGAAAAAGGCCGGAAGCAGGAGAGUAUUUGAGUAUUUACUUCGACCAUUUGUUCAUCAAUUAUGGAGUGAUAUUCGAUGUUCCUCUCUGGCCAUUAAUCAGUUACAAUCUCAGCUCAUAUCGAUGGCAACGUCUUUCGAUCUUGUUUGCUCAUUGUUGUCGAAGUCGAACUAUUUGUUCGUAAUCUGUAAUUACAGUUCAUUUCGAGCUGUAAUCAAUCUGUGUGUGACUGUCUAUGUAACUGUAUUCUGGAGUACACCUCUACACCAUGGCACAAGGCACGAUUUUCUGCCGCCUUUAUGACCCGUGUACGAGGGCUGACCUUUUCUUCUUAAUAUUAACGCAGGAAAGGAUUAGAGUUUAUAU